AUGCCUGAACCAGCCAAAUCCGCCCCGGCCCCGAAAAAGGGCUCCAAGAAGGCGGUGACCAAGGCGCAGAAGAAGGAUGGCAAGAAGCGCAAGCGCAGCCGCAAGGAGAGCUAUUCCAUCUACGUGUACAAGGUACUGAAGCAGGUGCACCCCGACACCGGCAUCUCGUCCAAGGCCAUGGGCAUCAUGAACUCGUUCGUCAACGACAUCUUCGAGCGCAUCGCGGGCGAGGCGUCGCGCCUGGCGCAUUACAACAAGCGCUCGACCAUCACGUCCCGGGAGAUCCAGACGGCCGUGCGCCUGCUGCUGCCCGGGGAGCUGGCCAAGCACGCCGUGUCCGAGGGCACCAAGGCCGUCACCAAGUACACCAGCGCCAAGUGAACAGAUAUAGAAAUGAGAAUACAAAGCCCGAAUUCGUGGAAAAUGCAGAGGGAUUGGGACAGAGGAUGAGUCGUAGGCAAUAGUCCAUUCUCAGAUGAAACUUUGUGAAAACUAAGUUUUUUUUGGAAACAACAAAGUUGAAAAGAUAACCAGCCAAUUUACCCUAUUGCUCAAAAUUAAACUGCUUAAGCCAUACACAAAUGAGGAAAAUAAAUCAAAUUUUCAUCUGUGGAGUUAUUUGCACCUGGAUGGGGUCCCCUUAUAAAUAAGGCAAGAGUUUAAUCUUUUGCUUGAAAAACUGUUACACUUUAUUUAUGUAUUUAUAUGUAUUUAUGUAUUUAUUUAUUUAUGUUUAUUUAUUUUUGAGAGAGACUGAGCACAAGUGGGAGAGGGGCAGGGAGAGAGGGAGACACAGAAUCCGGAGCAGGUUCCAGGCUCCGAGCUGUCACCACAGAGCCCGAUGCGGGGCUUGAGUCGUGACUGGGGCCAAAGUCAGACGCUUAACUGAGGGAGCCGCUCAGGCUCCCCUAAACUGUUAUCACUUUAACCUACUUCUAACCAGCUUCAGAAGAAUUGGUUCAAAGCUAACCUAAUACAGUAUGUCAUUUACAAAAGUGUACAUUGUACAUGGUGUUAUAUCUUAUCCCAAAAUACACACAUUUGUUGCUCAAAUACUUACGGCUAUUUGGCCCAUCUUCCCCAGAGAUCAUAAACCACAAUGAUGCCUUGAACAUUGUGUUAGAUGAACCGGCUGUUUGUAAGAAAUCUUUUUUCAAGCUAUACUAUAUCAAAUGAUAUUUCAUGUUUCUACCGUGCACAUAUUUCUUUGUAAGCUAAUCUACAUCGGCUGUGGAAAUCAAGACACCCAUUCCCCAGGGGGUUAAUAGGGACACGCUGACAAAGUCCAUUGAAAGAUGCAUGACCCUAUAUCUAGAUACCUAUGCGGAUAUCUGUUCUUCAACUCUAUCUUUGGUAUGUUAAAGCUCAUUCCAUUAUAACGUUUGUCAAUUUUAUGUUCAAGUUUUAAUGAUACAUGGCAAAUACCCAGUUCAUAAUAACCAUAUUUCCAAACUAUUGAUUUGAACGACUUAUGCUAAGCUUUAAUUUCGAAGAACCACUUUUCCUGAUAUUGUCCCCAAAUGUUGGAUAUGCAACCCUGUUUAGAGUCUGCAUUCCAUGAAGGCCUAUGCCUUCUGCCCAUAAGUCUAGAACGGAAUUUUUGAAUUUUAAGAGCACUGUUUGGCAUACCUGAAGCAUUUGUUUUGCACAUUACUAGGAUUUUCUCCAGUCUUUGCAAAUGUAUUGCUUCACCCUCACUGUGGAAACGAUACCAUUUAUUUGACAUCGGGACACCAGAAGAACACGUUGUUUGUUCUUCUGCUAUUACUUGUACACCAUCAGAUCGACAAAACUUGACGUAUACAUCGGUACUUGAUCGUCAGGAGGAAGUGAUACACGCAAGGCUCGGCCUGAGCAAGUGCUGAAGGAGGAAAACAAUUUUGAGAGCAAGUAGCUCACACCCCAAUCAUUUCUACUUCUGAAACAUAGCUAUGCUUUUUGCUAUUUUUCAAUAGCAUGAGGACUUUUCCUAUCAACACCUGAUUGAGAAACACUACCUAGGUUUGAAACUAGGCCCUGCCACUUGAAAUUUGCAUUUACACAUGACUUUAAUUUCUGUCGCUUUCUUCCUCAUUUCCAAAGGGGGAUUUGGUCGUGCUUCUCGUGAAUUAAUAACUUCAAAAAAAAUUUUUUUUUCCGUUUAUUUAUUAUUGAGAGAUGGAGAGACACAGAGCAUGAGCAGGGGAGAGGCCAAGAGA